UCGACCGAAAACAUCGCUACUUGAAAAAUGGCCGAGGCCUCCACUUUCUAUCUAUCGAUCGCGAUCGUCCUCGUCUCCUCGGUCGUGGCCUAUGCUGGCGGGGACCUCGAACUGAGCUGGGCGGCAGCGGCGGCCCCAACAAAGGCCCUGGGGUGCCGGGGACCAAUCGCCCAGUGCCUGGCUGAGGGCGAGCUCGAGAUGGAUUCGGAGAUCAACAGGCGGUUCUUGGCGACCACGCGUCCGCACAUCAGCUACGGGGCGCUGCAGCCGGGCACUGUGCCAUGCUCCCUGAGGGGAGUGUCCUACUACAACUGCAAGCCAGGCGCCGAGGCGAACCCUUACAGCCGUCCCUGCAGCGUUAUCACUAGGUGCCGUAGCUGAGAAAUGUGAGGUUACUGUCUAUGUACCUGUGUGUGUUUCUUGAUCUUUCCUUGUAUUUGUGGUCUGGACAUGUUCACGACCUAGGAUGUAAAGAACUAAAAGCUCU